AUGACGGUUAUCAAUUCGUUACCGAAUGAAUGCUUUCAAGAAAUAUUCGAGCAUGUUAGCAAUCAAGGACCCGGAUUAUUUUCAAGCCUUUUGGUUAAUAAAAUAUGGUGCAUAAAUGUCGUAUAUGUGUUAUGGAGUAGACCGUUCGAAAAGAAAUACAAGUUUGUAAAAACACCAAUCAUCAUUCAAACAUAUUUGAGAUUUUUAAGCAUAGAAGAUAGAAAAGAAAUUGAAACUCUAAUCAAUAAAAACACUCAUAGCGAAAGUGACGGAGGAGGAUACGAUGUAGAGUUAACAAGAAAACCAUUGUUUGAUUACCCAAAAUAUUUAAAAGAACUUGAUUUUCAAGUCUUCGUCCACAAAAUUGUUGAAUGGGCCGGAACUAAAAACAAAAAACUUAGAAAUCAAGAUAACUACAAUGAUAUCAUAAGUCUGAUUAUCGACCAAUUAAUCAGAUUGUUUUCUAGAAAAUCUAACAAUUUAGAUUAUUUAAGUUAUUGCGCUUCAAGGAGUUGGUCAAAAGCACCAAAUUUUGAGUUUCUUAAUGAUGAUGAUAAUAAUAAUAGCAUAAGUAGCAUUAACAAUGAAGGAAAUGUAAAUUUUCUAAUUAAUUUGACACAAUUUCAAUUUCAUAUCUGGAAUUUAAAUGAUGAUGAUGAUGGAAACAUUGUAAAAUUUGUCAAUUUGGUCGGUUCAUCUAGUAAGAAAAUAAGAAAGUUAGAUAUUUCUUAUGGAGAUGACAAAGAAGAAAAUAUAACAAAUUCAAUCAUUGAAUUGAUCAAAAAGCAAAGAAACCUUUAUGAUAUCUUAAUAAAACGUCACUCUAAUAACAUAUCAUCGCUGAUUAAAGCUUUAGAAUGUCAGUCAAAUAGUUUAAGAUCUUUAUCUAUAAAAGAUGCAAUAUUCGAUAUUGAAGAUUUCAAAAUUUUAUCUAAAUUCAGAAACAUUUAUCAACUUGCCAUGGAAAAUUGUGCCCCAUCAUCAAAAGAUUUCAAAAAUAGUUUAGCAGAUUCAAAUUUUAGUUUUAAAAACUUGGAUUUUGGAUUUUAUAAAAUGGAUAGAGAUUAUUAUCCCAAAUAUCAAAAUGAAUUUAUUAAAUCAAGCGGCAAGAAUUGCAAAAGAUUGAUAACUAAUUUCUUUACCGUCGAGAUUGGGAACGCAAUCAUCAAUCAUUGUGACAACAUAGAAGAAUUUAAAAUUAUUGGCAUUUUAACACCAUGUUAUCCAAUAGUGAUUAGAGUAUUAAAUAAUUUUAAAAAUUCACUAAAAAAGCUUUCAUUAAGAUUUGAUAGUAAUCCAAUGGAGGAGGUUAAUCUCAUAAAUUUAUUAAAAAACAACUUGCCACUGAAUUUAGAAUAUCUAAGAAUAGUAAUUAAUAAUGAAGGUGAUUUGAAGGAACUCUCCGAUUUAUUAUCAUCCAAUGAGAUUGCGUCUUUAAAUACUCUAAUUAUUCAGAAUAAUAACCAUAAACACGAGACUGAAAUAUUAAAAAUCAUUUUAAAUUUCGUAAAUAAUAAUAAAAUUUCUACUUUGAAAACCUUGGGAAUGAAUUACAAAAAGAGAGAUGAUGAGAAAGAAGCAAUAGAAUUAAAUAGAAAAUUGGUCGAAGAUUAUAAAAUCCAAAUUUAUCAUAUUGAGGAUUUAAAAACUUGGUUUUAA